CUCAGCUUCCAUAUCCCCGCCCAUUGCAUAUGCCUUUCGCAUCUCCAUUUAUUCCUCUCUUACACAACUUGAUUAUCCUGUGUUCUGAUUUCUCUUCUGUCAACUGCGCAACACUUUGAACUACUCUGUACUGAAUUCCUGAUUCCAUAGUUACAUAACAGGCCUCAUGACUUCCAGCCUGGCAUCAUGUAUCUUUUGCAAGAUCAUCAAGGGUGAAAUCCCUUGCUUCAAGCUCUUCGAGAGCGACAAGACGCUAGCCUUCCUCGACAUCAACCCUCUCAGUCGUGGCCAUGCUCUCGUCAUUCCCAAGUACCACGGCGCGAAGCUGUCAGACAUUCCAGACGAGCAUCUCGGCGAGAUUCUCCCUGUAGCGAAGAAGCUCAUCGCCGCGACUGGCGCCACGGAUUACAACAUCCUCCAGAACAACGGCCGCAUCGCCCACCAGCUUGUCGAUCACGUUCAUUUCCACAUGAUUCCUAAGCCCAACGAGACUGAGGGCCUUGGCGUCGGCUGGCCACAGCAGCAGACUGAUAUGGACAAGCUCAAGGCUCUCUUCGAGGAUAUCAAGUCCAAGAUGUGAACAGGGCAAAUCAUGGUAUAUUCAACAACCCCGCCUUCAACCCGGUAGUUUGGGUAUCAGAUUCUACAAUUCAAUAGCCCGUGGUCCCCGUA